CCAAUGACGUGACGCCAAGAAUGCCACCUGCAGUCCAUGGCGGCUGGGCAACAGCCCCCCCCCCGGUCGUCCUGCAUCUCUUCUCUCCUCCCUUGACCACCUCCAUUGCUUGCUUGCAUUCUCAUUCAUCCACUCGUUCAGGCAUUCAUUCUUCACGGUAUUCUAUUUUCUGUUCUGUUCUGUUCUGUUCUGUUCUAUUCUAUUCUUCUCUUUGUUGGCUUGCUAGUGCUUUCGUACCUGCAAAGUUUCCUUACGCCAGUCCAUCACACGUCUCUCUCUCGCUCACUGAUGCUGCAGCCCACCCACUGCAGCCAUUCAUAUGUAGCAAAAAAAAAGGCAUCCAUCCAACCAUCUCAUGUGCUGCUUGACCAACUGCAACUGUGCACCAGGCAUCCAGCAAAGCAAAGCCGGUAUCGAGUUUUAUUGCAACUCCUGUACGAACAGCGACCACCCUUCGCACGGAUCAAGCAUGCCCCCUGCUCCAUGCGAGCAUCCCAUCGCCGGCCCGUUCUAAUCCCAACUAACUAACUAACCCCCUCCAUCAUCACCUCCAUCAUCUAACCACCACCACCACCACCACCUCGUCGUCUGCCAUGCCCAAGUACCUACUGAUUUGAUGAUAAUAAUACCCCCCUCGCCCCCCUCCCUCUCUGCUUCCCACAUCUCCCUCCUUCUCCAUCCGCAGCUGGCUGGCUUGACCGGCUGGCGACCCUGCUGCUGCUUGUUCUGCCCAUUGAUUUCCAUUCGCCUUUCAUCUGUCUGUCUGUUGCUCUACCGCCUGUCCCCACUUGUCUGCUGUCGUUGCUUUGUCCGUGCCGUACCCGGCUAGUUACUUGCCAUCCAUAGAUCCCGCCUAGCUAAUUGUCCAUCUCCGCUGCGUCCGCCGCACAUCGUCGGUCUUGGCUCGAGUCCAACAAUCGCGCGCCCGCUCACUUUGUGCUUGCUCUUUUCCAUUCAGCCCGCCUACCUCCACCCGCCUUCUUAUCUGCUUCCGCUUCUGCUGCUGCUUGCACCACCUUUCUUGUCCUUUUUUCCUUUGCUGUCCAUCUCCCGCACCUUCUUCCUACCUUCUUCUUCGCCUCCAUACCGCUGCCUCGCCCUCCUUCUUGUCUGUCGCCUUCGUCUCUCCUCGUGCAGUGACCCUCGUCAUCGCCCCUCACUGUCCGCGCCCACCACAUCACACCACGCACACACCGCACAUACCCUUCGAGCCUCCCAUCAAAACAUCCGCAUCGCCUCUACCGCUUGAUAUGAAUACUCGAUCCGGCUGACGAGCGAGCGACGUCGCUGUGCAAUGCGAUUGCGCCCCCCGUAAAUCGUCAUGAACGCAAACUUUCAAGAUGCUGAGCUCGCAUUCGCUAUGCGCGACGACGAUCCGACUUCGGCCUUGAAGGCCGGGAUUGCAGAUACCUCCUCAACCGUGGAACCGUCACCGACCCAGACGCAGGCGCAGGUCCCUUCUGCAUCCUCUGCCACUCCUCCCAUUGACCCUGCCGAGCCCACUGCCGCCGCCCUGCCUAUCCAGACACACCAUUUUCACGACACCGCAACGCAUCGAACCGAUCCCCAUCUCCACGCAAAUGGCGAAUCUACCCCCACAGCAAACAGCCACGAGCACCUUCUGCCCGAGACCGACAUCACCCCACGAUCAGAACUGCCUUCCCAUCCUGAAGCCAUAAACGAGCAUAUCCACCACCUCAACCGGGAUACAGAUGAAACCAACUACUUUUCUCCCCAGCCUAUGCGCGUCCUCAAACCCAUCUCCACCGCUCACUCCUCCCCUGCGCCCAUAGAUACCAUUCAUGGGUUGGGUGCGUCACAUCUGACCAGACCCUCACCUGCCCGCGACUACUCCAGCACCUCUACCGCUAGCGUCGCUACCGUACGUGCCAACUCGGUCGACUCACUGCAAGCCUCGACUCCGCCUUCCAAACGCCGCGAUGGCCCUCACUAUCCAAACCAGUCCUAUGCAGCCUUGCACUCCCAGCACUACUAUCCUCCCUCUAUCCACCGCGCAAACAGCUCUCACCCUUCCCAUCAUCAUUCUGGCUACUCGGUGUCCCAUAUAUCCACCUUUGGGGCCGAGUAUCGCCGCGACAUCAUGGAUUCCGGCUCUCGCACUGUCGGCAAUUCUCCCGCCAGCAGCCCCGGACUUUUCUCUGCCAACAGCCCCAUCCUGCGCCCCUCCCCUCAAUCUGAUGACAAUCUGUACUCGACUCCAUGGUUGCACCCCAGUCACAGGCAAGCCCCCAAGGAAACGCACAUCGCUGAUGUCGAUGUGGACCCUGUGUCCGGCCGCAAAAUCGUCAACCACUACGAGAUUUUCGAUGAACUGGGCCGAGGUGUCCACGGCAAGGUCAAGCUGGGUCGUAAUCUGGAAACUGAGGUCUAUGUUGCCAUCAAGAUUGUCGAUCGUUAUUCGAAACGUCGUCGUCUCGGCAAGAAUACCAGUCACGAGGACAAGAUCAAGAAGGAAAUCGCCAUUCUGAAGAAAGCCCGCCAUCCAAACAUAGUCAGUUUACUCGAAGUGAUCGAUGACCCGAGCAUCAAAAAGGUUUACAUUGUGCUCGAGCACGUGUCGCGAGGCGAAGUCAAAUGGAGGGCAGACGGUGCCAAGGAAAUCUGCCAGGUAGAAUUCCGGCGAUAUCAGCGAGAACAGCAAGGCGUUUUCGAUAAUGAGAGCGCCAUCAUGGAGGACGAAAAAAUAAUUCGGCUUGCCCACCAGAAGCUCGAACGCCAGAGGCGUCGUCAGGCUCGCGAGCGAAAACAGCGGAGAGAUGAGAGCGCCGGACACGAAGCCUGGAGUCUUGAAUUGGGUGGAGAUUCAGAAGACGAAUUUUCUGAAACCGACGGUAGUUCGCGAGCCUCUACUCGUGGCGAGGAUCGGCCUUCAAGCCGGCUUCAAGGCAUCUACCACGAACCAGCCAGUGCCGAGGAAAGCGCAAACAUGGAGACGGCCUUUCGUUCGAGUACACCUCGGCUAUCGAAUCACGACUUCGCUACUGGACUUGAAGGCACCAUGUAUGGUGCUUACGAUACAGAAGCUAUUCGUGGCCGCACCCCCAGCGUUGCCGGAAGUACCUCUUCCCACUUCACCGAUGGAGAGGAUGAAGUACCUGAGCACUUUCGCUAUGUACCUGUGAUGACGAUACAGCAGGCACGUGAGGUCCUGCGUGAUACUGUUCUCGGCCUGGAAUAUCUCCACUACCAGAAUGUUAUCCAUCGGGAUAUAAAACCUGCCAAUCUUCUACAGACCAUGGACGGCCGAAUCAAGAUCUCCGACUUUGGUGUCUCGUACCUCGGGCGCAGGCCCGUCGACGAAGGAAAUGGGGAACAAUCCGAGUCGGAUGCGCAUGAUGCCGAUGAUGCGGUCGAGCUGGCCAAAACAGUAGGCACGCCUGCCUUCUACGCGCCAGAGCUUUGCAACACCGACCUCGAGGCCGAGACCCCACAAAUAGACCACAAGAUUGAUAUUUGGGCCCUUGGAGUCACGUUGUACUGCUUGAUCUAUGGACGAGUACCCUUUCACGAUAAAAAUCAAUGGCUUCUGAUGAAGCGCAUCGCGGACGAGGAACCCUACGUCUCCAGAUUUCGAUUGAAACCCGUAGCAGAUGAUACGAGCUCCCGCCCCAACUCCCACGGUCGCAUGUUCAAUACCCUCACUACCAGUAGGCGGGCACCGCACGACCUGGAUUAUGAAGAGUUAGACGACGAUCUUUUAAAUCUAUUCGAAAAACUAUUCAUCAAGGACCCACGAAAACGCAUCACGAUACAAGAGAUCAAGCGUCACCCAUGGCUCACCCGUGAUAUCGAGAACUUCCAUUCUUGGGUGGAGGACACUGACCCCGACAAAACCUCACAAGGUGGCAAAAUCAAGAUUUCAAAGGACGAUAUCGAUCAGGCUGUUGUCCCCAUUACGAUCCUGGAUCGCGUCAAACUUGGGAUUCGCAAGGUCACCGAGAUCACGCGCAGUCUCACACGCCAGGGCUCGAGGAAGCGAGCACCCAGCACUGCCAGUAGCAACGACGCACUCUCUGCAACUGCAAUCCACUCGAGCAGCUCCGGCUAUUACGAAGGCCGCCGCCCCAGCUUGGGCCCCGGUAUGCCAAUCUUUGAAGCGCUCAGUCGAUCUCGUGAGCCUGAACACCCACUCUCUCAGAGUGUUACAGCGAGUCCCGAAGCGACCGAAAAGCCACGGUAUUUUGAUGGCAGGAACUCUCGUACUUCCUCCCCAGCGCAGAGCGCAGAGAAGAAAGAUAAAACUGCCCCAUCAGCUCCGGCCACCAGACCGCAUUUGCCAGACCGGGCAUUCUCGGCCUUAUCUACGUCAGCAUCAAUACGCACUGUGCGUCAGUCAGAUCUAUCCAGCAGAACAUGCCCUGCAUCGCCAGCUUUACCCCCGGCUCUUCCGGGAACGCCAACAACCAUCGAUACUCCGAGUGGAUCGACCCUAGGAGGAAUCUUCGGUGGGAUGCCGAAGCGUGUUGUACACGAAGCCAGAUCUGACGCGAAGUUUUUGCAGUCACCCGGAAGCCAACAUACAAGGGCAAAGUCGAUAGAUAGAGUAUCCGGUCCCCCAGAAGAUGCACACACCUGGCCAAGUCUAGCUAUAAGCACCGCCAACGCCUCUGGACAGGUGGAUCAGCCUGAUCUCUUGAAGGACAUGUCACCUACGUUUGCCCGAGGACCCUCACCAAGCCCUUCAGACAUCCGGAUACCAAACUCCGCUGAGAGAGGGGCAUCUCGCCAAUCUUCAGUUUCGUCUCUUUCGUCUCGCCUUUACCGGACCUGGGCUACACAAAAUAGUGAUUCAGAUAUCGCUGCGUCCCUCGACAUAUCGUCAUUGUCGCAUUCGCCGGGUGCACGGGACUUUCUGGAAGAGAGAUUCAGCAAAGCCAAGGAUGAAUUCGUCCGCCGCAAGGUCGUGGAAGACAGCUCCAGCCGUGAAAAGCCACCUUCAGUCAUUCAGCAUCGUCCUUCCUCCGCGUUGAGUCGGACGGUGUGCCCGCCCAGUCCCGACGACGAGUUGUUCUUUCAGCAACAACAGCAACAACAGAAUGCGGACGAGUCUUUGGAUGAACAACGCCGACCCCAAUCAAAUACAAGCCCAAGGACCUUCACAUCGUCCUCUUCGGAAGAUCAGUUUGCCUCCAUUUCACAAUCGACUUCAAAUCCGUCCAUUCCUUCGAUUCCGUCCGCAGGCUCCUCCAUAGCCGCAGAAGAAUGCAGGCAUCCAGAUACUUUUCCCAUCAUGACACCUGCAGCAUCUGCCGAGUCCUUUGUCAAUCAGUUCGAUGCCCCUUCCGAAGACCCAGCUGGGUACGAUGGCGAUCACGCCGUCGAGAGUGAUGAUGAUGACUCAUCGGAAGAUGAACUUGUGCUGAAUCUCGGGAAAAGAGCAAAUCGAAGUUCAUCCGUCUCAGUAGCCGAAAUUGCAAGAUCGGGCAUUCGAGACGAAGCCAGCAGCCGCAGGCGCCCAGGCCGAAGCGGCAGCAAUGGCACCGUUAAAAAAGUUCCGGCCCCAGGCACCGAAACCCCCUCUGAACCAAUCUGA